UUCUCCACUACGACCUGCGGUUUGUGCUUUCUGUUGUGGUGAGAAACACCGGUGGGCAGCUAGCAGUCUGAACUAUGGAGCAGAUAAAUGAUAUCCAGGUCGUUCCGUGCACCAGCUCCAAUUAUCUAAAACCAUUCAGGGUGCACUAUAGCCAGAAUGGGACAAAGAAAUCGUGGGACUUCAUGCGAACACAUGACAGUGUUUCGGUUCUGAUCUUCAACACCACCUCGCACUGCUUCGUCUUGGUCAAGCAGUUCCGCCCAGCUGUGUACAUGUGCGAGUGGGAGAGGACCAAGCCCAAGGCACCUGACUCUAGCGAGCAGGUGGCGGAGGAGAAAGAGGGGGCUGCGGUUGGUGGCGGGGAGACGCCCCCAGGCUCAGUGGGGAUGACCUACGAGCUUUGCGCUGGCCUGGUGGACAAGGCUGACCUGUCGCUGGAAGAGAUCGCCAGGCAGGAGGUACUGGAGGAGUGUGGCUACGACGUGCCAGUCGCCAAGCUGCGGAGGAUCACCUCAUACAGGUCCGGUGUUGGCGUGACGGGUGCCAAGCAGACCAUGUUCUACGCCGAGGUGUCGGACGAGAACUGUGUGGGUGAGGGCGGCGGCGAGCCACAGGAGGGCGAAUUGAUCGAGGUGGUGAAGGUACCCCUCCACGAGGCCAUGACCUUUGCCUAUGAUGAGAGCAUCCCCAAGACCAUGGGCGUCAUCUUCAGUUUCAUCUGGUUCCACAACAACAUGUCGCCCAAGUACAAGAUCUCCACCAACGUUUAACCCACCCAACACCUGUCCCCUUCCCUGCCCCCUUCAGCCUGAGGUGGAAGUUGCAGUUAACCACAGAUCUGGGAUCAAUGACCCUAACCCCUAGGCCUAAUCUAUACAAUUAGGGGAUGGAGAAAAGAAAUCUGACCCUUUGUCAGUGGUUAGAGACAACUUCAAUCUACUCCCAAUCCCUUCGCCUUUGCCCGUAUCCAUAUAAGUUGGCCCCAGGGGGACCGUUUUUUUCUCGUUACUAACUGUUCUUUUUCAGAGGUUUGUCUCAUUCUUUUUUUCUUUUCUUUUUUACAUGGUCUUUAGUACUUUUCCUCUAAAACUUGCCAUAUGCUGGUGGCCAGCAGCACUGUUUGUUGUUAGUUUUCACUGUAAAUGUAUUACCUUUUCCUCACAGAGGUCCAGGGUGCAAUCUCACGAAGAUGGCUACAUGAUGGCGCUCUCGUUUGGAGCUGCUUGUCUACCGUUGAUUGAAUCAUGUUCCAGGAAUGCAAAAAUGUUGUUGCUUAGUCAGCGCCAGGGCUUAUUACAUACGAGGGCCGUUGCUGAGUCUGUUCGAUUACUGCAGCUGGUUCAGGCGCGCCUUGCUUAUUUUCUCCACAAUCUACUCAGCCUCGAAGCCAGUGUUUCCCAGUCUUGGAGCGGUGCCGAUUUUAUCCCAGCCCAGCACUAACAUACCUGAUUCCACUAAUUAAUAUGGCUUCAUGGUCAGGUGAGUUAUUGCUGGGCUAAAACACAAAUCUGCUCACCUUUUGGAUCCACCAGGACCGGGAUUGGGAAACACUUCUCUAAGCAAUACUUGAUAGCUGGUAGUUUGAUCAUGGUCUGAUUUUAAAAUAAACAUUUCAGUUAGCAGAGGUGAUUAGAUAAGUUGUAAGCAUUGCAUUGAGUCCAGGGGUGUCACUACAGUAGUGUGUGCUCCUUUGAGGUCCCAUUAAGUUGUACGUUCGAUAGAGGCUUCUUUUAACUACCACGGGAAUAUGACCUACCUCUACACUGGGGAGAUUUAUUACAGUAACUAUUGUCACUAUACUAGCACCACAAUACUCAGUAUCACAAUACUCGAAAGUAUUGUAAUAUCAUGAUACUUCUGAGUAUCAUGAUACUGAGCAUUUUGAUAACACUAGUAACCACUAUAUCAUUAAUUGGAAAUUGUGAGAACCCUCUGGGGGACAAUUUCUAUCACAAUUAUACCUGCAUGUUAGCAGGAAGGCUUCACCGAUAUUGGCCGAGAUCAAGAGUUAUGUAUAUCUCAGCCAGUGUUUUUGAGCAGGGUCAAUGGGAGUUUUGUUUUAGGAAACUGAAAACCUAGCUUGUAACAUGUAGGAGGAAGUUUAGCAUGCUACUUGACCCAGCUUCCUGGAACAGCACCCGGAGCCCUUAGUUUGUUUUGUGAUCCCCCUUGUUGUUUUGAACCUGACGGCAGGGGCGGAAGAGUUUUGUUGAUACCAGCACCGUAUGUGAGGCUUGAAGUAAAAUGGUUGCGCUUUUUAACCUGUGAAUCUGAGAGACAUGGCCCAACAGUUAGACAGACCCCUCUUUUCCCUAUGCCUGUUUUGGCCAGACCUCUUCAAAACGCCCCCAUUUCCACAGAAAUCAACAACAGCUAUCCAAGUCUAUGGUGGUUUGAAACUAGGGUUGCAAUACAGGUUUUCACAGGUUUUUCAGAUAACCCGGUUGGAGGAUUCCCAGCUGGAGGAUUCCCUCCUUGAUGAUUCCCUUCAGUUUUACUGGAAAUCCUCCAACUGGGAUUUCUGAAAAACCUAAGAACUCUGGGAAUGGUUCUGGGAUUUGCAACCCUAUUUGGGACAGAUGAAGACAACAAUCAAUCUCAAAAGCACUUGCUUAACAUCUCAGGUCCAGACAGUUUCCCCCCCUUGACGAGGUAACAUUCAGGGAUCACCAUUCUGCACCGUCUUAGCCAUAUACUUUUUAACCAUUGUGUAUGGUGGUGAUGUAGUGACAUUUCGAUAUAGUUUGCAAAUUUUAUGACCUGUUAAAGUCCUAAAUGGUGAAUUGACACAUCUCAUGAAAAACCUUUCUUUUGGCAACAUAUUAGUGUGUGGAUUCAUGGCCCCUUCCACAAUAAGUUGUUAAAAAUCGAUGAAGCGGUGGUGAUAUAAGGAUCAAAACCAAAUAGUUAGCGAUUAUAAUUCAAUUUCAGAAUGAUUUGAAAAAAACUAUUGGCUUAAAUAAGUAUCUUGGCUUCCUAACCGAAGGCUUAACAGCAAGGUCUAGUAGUUGGUGGAAUAAGGAAACAGCAAGUGUCACUUUCAAAUGUUCACUUGUUUUGGACUUGUACAGCUAGCUACCUAGUUUAAGCUAAAGCUUAAGCUUUAUCUGAAUUGGCCUGUAAUUGCAUUCUGGGUGUCAUCAUUCCAUAGCCACGUAGGUCUUAACUUAGCAGUUGAUGUAACAUCAAAAUAUUAUACAUGAACUUUGUUUAUAUUUGUGAAGACUUGGCUUGUUUUCCCAGAUUUGUAAAAGAAGCCAGUUGUUAUUUGGUUAGGGGCAAUUCCAUUUGGUUAGGGGCAAUUCCAUUUGGUUAGGGGCAAUUCCAUUUGGUUAGGGGCAAUUCCAUUUGGUUAGGGGCAAUUCCAUACUUAAGUUAACUUAAGUAUACAUUACUUUCAAAUGUAUACUUAACAAAAACCAUUGAUUUCAAAGUUUAACACCACUCUAUGCACGAGGACUACUUUAAACAAUUUCCACUGAACAUUUGACAAAAACACAUUUAGAGGAAGAACCGUGCAGGUACAGAUUUUGGUAACCGAGUAAAACUGAGGGAGAUUUUACUGUAAUUCUUUUACCAAACUUUAAUCUGCAGUUUUUCUUUUUUUUUUAUUUAUGUACUGUGUAAAUUAUUCAAAGCAGUCAUUGUGCAUAGAGUUGUAUGGUUUGUUACUUUGAUAUCAAUAGUUUUUGUUUGGCAUACAUUGUAAAGUGAAAAAUCUGAGACUCAGAUUUCACCAUAGAAUUGCCGUUAUCUGAUGUCUUCUCAGACAGAGAACCAGUUUAACACCAGAAAAUAACAUAUAUUUUUUGCCCAGCCAGCUGGUUUGAUGGUCCAACUGUUACAAGCCAGAGUUUAUCUUUCGAAUGAACAAUUAAUCUGUAAGGCUCUUAAUGCACUGUUGCAUCAACCAUACAUUUCCUGACAGAUUUGAGAUGCAACUACACUCUAGUUCACUGCUGUUCGCCGUGUCAGUAGCACAGCCGUUGUUCAGACUCAAUAUUUAUGGGGAAAUCAGAGUAAAGCCCAGGUAUAUCACGUUGAAACGACUGACCUCUAUAAUAAUGGUGUGUGAAUAGAUGGAGUAUGUCAGUAUUGAUGAUGCUGUUAGAUAGCAAGGUAAACUGUUAAAUUGUUUUAACCAGGCGUGUUUGCCUUACCAUAACAUUGAAAAGGGAGGGGGGGACUUGAUCAAAGUCCUAUUGACCUCAAAAGGACUUCCAUAGCCAAGGUGGGCCCUUUCCCCUGAGCAUGUAGUUUUCCCAAAUUAUUCUUCCUCCCUCUAUUUGGAAUCAUUUGUCAAUCAAGUAUCAGGAUUGAUUGUUUUUUUUCUGGAAUGGCUAGAAUUUAUUUUACAGAAAAAAAAAGAUGGCCCUAUACUCAUGCUAGCCAGCUUGAUAGUUUUACAGUUUAUAUAAAUAGCAGAACAGACACAUUUUUCUUUACUCUUUCGCUCUUGAAGGCUUUAACAUGUAUGAGUUUUGUCCUUCCUUUGCGCCGCUGAUUGAAUCAUGGUAAAUAUUUAUAAGGUGAAAUUGGGUUAGGCGUUGAAGGCCAAAAGUGUUAUCAGGGAACUAUUGUAACUUAGUUGUCUUAACCAUUACAGUUUCUCCCGUAAAGAUGGAGUCCACUGUAUGGGAAACAAUGUCCGCCACUGUCCCUUCCAUGGACUUUGUUAUUGUUUGUUGCCUAAGUGGAGGUGAGGAGCGUUGCCCCAACGUGGUUUUAAAAAAAUGCAGUACAUAUUCUGAUGUUCUAUCGUGCGUGCAAUGAUGUCCGGAGGGGAAAACAGUGUUCGUUGUUUGCAGUGACUUCUUGUUGUUGUAAUAUCAAAAACGGAUAUGACUGUUUAACCAUUAAGGAGCCCAGCUUUAAAUCUAUAACCCCAGACUUGAACACACUGUCCCCUCUGCCUUUGUUCCUAUGAGACAAUCUUUUAUUUGAUGUCUGCCUUCAUUCAAAUCCAGAUGAGUUAGAUUUUUGGUAGAUUCAUUGACCAUGCAUUGUCCCUGCUAAGACAAAAUCUUAACUGAGAACUCCACCAAAAGUUGUUGUUGGCGCUUACCUCUUACCUUUUGGAUGGUCUUGAUUUGUACAGCUGUAACUCAUAUGUGUUUUAAGGACUAAUACUCUGUAUAAGUUUACAUAGCAGUACAUUGGUGCCUUAUGUCAUAAGGUAUCAAACCCUUUCACUGGCCCAAUCUGUAAUUUUAACAGCCUAGUCACUUUGUUUGGAAAAGUGAGGGAUGGGGCUUCGAAGUAACCCCUCUGAAAUUCAUAGACUGACCUACAGAUGCAAGGAGCGACAGUCAGUGAGAGCAACAUGAUCAUUAAAGGAAAUAUUUUGUAGCUAUGCAUGGUUUACGACAAAGAUGAUACAUCAUGGAGUAAUACAAUUGUAGAUUUGGGGCUAUGAUGGAGUAAGACAGUUGUACCAAGUUGGGUACAUAUCAUUAAUCGAAGUUACCAUUGAAAGACAGAACAUACAGAUUGCGCCUUUAACUGAAACCUAUAAGCCAUCAACAGUUUUUUUUGGUGAAGAGUCCAAAUUUCUUAAACAUUGCCAGCACUGAUGGUCUCUCAAUCAUGACAAUGCUGGAUACUACCAUAACAUCAUGCGACGAUUAUACCUCCAUCACCGUGUGGCAAGUAGGCAUGUCACACUGCAUCAUUGUAGCGCAUACAGCAUCGAUGGCCUAUGUGAAGAAAAAAAAACUACUAAAAAAAUCUGCAUUUCGCGCGUGCUGGCAUGCCCGUAAGGCACUAACAUAUCAAACGUUCCAUGAAUAUCGGAAGUGUCCAUUUCAGUGGAGUUCUCUUUGGGAUAGAAUGCAUCUUAUAUCUCCCUUUCAAUACAUACUUGUUUGAUACCACUUUUUUGGGUACUCUGUCUUGAUAUUGCAACUGCAACUGGUUUAUUUUGUGUUUUUUUUAACGGUACCUUUCUGAGAGCAUGGAAUAUUGUUUUGUGAUAGAUGAGAACAAGACAAUAAAUACAUUUAUUUUUCAUUUUUUGACAAUUUUUUUGAGUAUUUUCAGUAUCCAUUGCAAGCAACGAGGUUGUGACUAUCAGUUAUUGCUUAUGUUCUCAAGAAAGGGUGUUUAAAUUGUAGUUUCUAUUUAACGCCCCUGAUUUAUUUUAGUUUAUGCAUUUAUUGUCGGUUAUACUGCAAAGCAAUUUGUUCAAUUGUGAAUUUUUUUGUGUGUCUUACACAGAAUUAGUGUUUUCUUUGAAUUUAUUCUCUGAGAAAGGAUAUCGACAAAGUUAAGUGUCAAUGUUUCUUAUCAGAGUUUUUCUGCUUUAUUUGGAGUGAAUUCAUUGUGGUUUGUGUUUGAGUAAUACUUCAUGUUUUAUAUGUUUAACUUGAUUUCGUAAUUGUUCUUUUUCAAAUAUUUCACAAUUUAAAAAAAACCUACUUAUGGCACUUGGUGCAAAUAUAUAUAUUUAAAUAUUAUAUUUUGCAUGUGCACUAACUGUUUCAUUGAACUGCAUUAAGUGUAAAUAAAAGAGGGUUGAUGCCUAAAUCAUG